UGAGAUGAGUGUCCGGCCUGAGCGGGCACACCAUGAAUAGAUACACAACCAUCAAGCAGCUCGGGGAUGGAACCUAUGGUUCCGUCCUGCUGGGAAGAAGCAUCGAGUCUGGGGAACUGAUUGCUAUUAAAAAAAUGAAAAGAAAGUUUUAUUCCUGGGAGGAAUGCAUGAACCUUCGGGAGGUCAAGUCUUUAAAGAAGCUCAACCAUGCCAAUGUAGUAAAAUUAAAAGAAGUUAUCAGGGAAAAUGAUCAUCUUUAUUUUAUCUUUGAGUACAUGAAGGAAAAUCUUUACCAGCUCAUUAAAGAAAGAAAUAAGUUGUUUCCCGAGUCUGCUAUAAGAAAUAUCAUGUAUCAGAUAUUGCAAGGACUUGCGUUUAUUCACAAACACGGCUUCUUCCAUCGGGACUUAAAGCCAGAGAACCUCCUCUGUAUGGGACCCGAACUCGUGAAAAUUGCAGACUUUGGACUGGCCCGAGAAAUCCGAUCAAGACCUCCAUACACAGACUAUGUAUCUACCAGAUGGUACCGGGCUCCAGAGGUGCUCCUGCGGUCCACCAGCUACAGCUCCCCCAUUGAUAUCUGGGCCGUGGGCUGCAUCAUGGCAGAGGUGUACACCCUCCGGCCGCUCUUCCCUGGGGCCAGUGAGAUCGACACAAUCUUCAAAAUCUGCCAAGUGCUGGGGACACCCAAGAAGACUGACUGGCCUGAAGGCUACCAACUGUCCAAUGCCAUGAGCUUCCGCUGGCCCCAGUGUGUGCCCAAUAACUUGAAGACCCUGAUCCCAAAUGCCGGCAGCGAAGCAAUUCAGCUCCUGAGAGAUAUGCUGCAGUGGGAUCCCAAGAAACGGCCAACAGCUAGUCAGGCACUUCGAUAUCCUUACUUCCAGGUUGGGCAUCCCCUGGGCAGCACCACACAGAGCCUUCAAGAUUCAGGAAAACCACAGAAGGACAUUCUAGAAAAGGCAGCCCCACCACCUCACAUAAAGCCGGUUCCUCCUGCUCAGCCCCCAACCAAGCCACACAUGCGCAUUUCUUCGAGACAGCAUCAAGCCAGCCAGGCCCCUCUGCAUCUCAUGUACCCCUACAAAGCCGAGGCUUCCAGGAUGGACCACCUUCCGGAGGACAAGCCAAGCCCUUUGCUCUUGCCAUCCCUCCACACCAACCAUCCUCAGGCAAAAAUUCUCACUGGCCUGGAACACAAAAAUGGUGAGAUCAAGCCAAAGAGUAGGAGAAGGUGGGGUCUCGUUUCCAGGUCAACAAAGGAUUCCGAUGACUGGGCUGACUUGGAUGACUCGGAUUUCAGCCCAUCGUUCACCAGGAUUGACCUGAAAAACAAGAAAAGACAGAGCGAUGAGACGCUGUGCAGAUUUGAGAGUGUUUUGGACCUGAAGCCCUCGGAGCCCGUGGGCACUGGAAAUAGUGCCCCCACCCAGACAUCCUGUCCCCGGCGUGACACACCCACCCUGAGGUCGGCGGCCAAGCAACACUACCUGAAGCACUCCCGGUACCUGCCUGGAAUAAAUAUAAGAAACGGCAUACUCCCGAAUCCAGGCAAGGAUUUUAUUCCGUCUAAUCCGUGGUCCAGCUCUGGUUUGUCUGGAAAAUCUUCAGGGACGGUAUCAGUGAUCAGCAAAAUAAAUUCAGUUGGUUCCGGCUCUACAAGUUCUAGUGGACUGGGUGGAAACUAUAUCCCUUCCUUUCUGAAAAAAGAGAUCGGUUCUGCUAUGCAGAGGGUCCACUUGGCACCUAUUCCUGACCCUUCCCCUGGUUAUUCUUCCCUGAAGGCUGUGAGACCUCAUCCCGGGCGACCUUUUUUCCACACCCAGCCUAGAAGCACUCCUGGGUUGCUGCCCCGGCCUCCGGCCGCCCAGCCCGUGCAUGGCCGGACGGACUGGGCUGCUAAGUACGCAUCUCGGCGAUGACUGUCAUGAGGCCCUUUGUAGGGGACAGCAGGACACUGUCCCUCGGCCAGCUGGUGUUCUACCUGCAAGAGACUUUCGGAUGAUGGAAAAGCAAACACUUUAUAGUUCUUCUUCUGAACUGAGACAUUUCAAUAUUCUUUUUUUAAAGUUUUUUUUUUUAAAUAUUGAUUUGAAUGCAGUACCUUUUUUUGUACAAAGUUAUUUUAUUCUAAAACUGGGUCCCGUUAUUUUCUUAAACAGCAGCAUUUUGUAUAUAUGGAUUAUGUUUUAGCAUUUUAUACAGUCAACUUUGUAAGGAACUUUUUAAAGAUUAAUUGAUUUUCCUUUGGGGUUCCAGAUAAUAUUUUAUACAGAUUUUUAAAAAUAUAAUAAUAUUGAUGCAGUAUUGCAACAGGGGUGCAAUUUAAGGCUACAUGAUAAAGGGUUAUUUCCUCAGUGUGUGCAGAUAUUUGUGAAGUGGUUAAAUUUUAAAUGUGGCGUAUUCGGUACUUUAGGCUUUUCUGGACUGAUGUCAGCACCAGAACACUGACCAUCUGCUGCUCUCAAUACCAUGUCAUUGGUUUGACUUUCUGAUACCGCUGUGCUGUUCUAAAAGUACUAUUACAUAAUUCACUUUGUGUUCUUUUUACUCCCCAGAUGAUAGAACUCUAAGUAAAUAUUUUUAGAAAUGUUUAUAAUACCCUUUUUGGUGGUUGGCGAUAUCCAGCUGAAACCAAGCUAUGCCAUCAGAUUCUAUUUUCUUCCAUUUUUUGAAGUCAAUUUGUAUAAGUACCCACAAAAGGGAAGCUUUUCAAGCCAACAUGUUCUCCACCUAAAGGUUAACACAGUCACUUGAACUUAUAUCCCUGCCAAGAUGCAUGAUGCAAAAGCUAAGUGUCAAAGCAGCAGCAGAUUUUUUUUUAUUAUCAUAACCCUUAGAGUGCUGCAUUUAGCUCAGUUCUCCAAGCCUGGCUAGGGAUAGACAAUGAAUAAUCAUCUGCCCUCUAGUCCAAUUUUCAUGGCAAUUUGAGGAGCAGGGAAGAUAGAUGGCAGAGAUGCCCCAGGUCUGGGAAGUCACAGUUCCCAGGAGGUCAGUGUCUGUCACGUGCCACAUUCGAAGAACUCUUAACCCUCAUGUAGUUUCUUUCAGCAGUGAGAAAUCUAUUUGGUGGGCAGAGGCUGUUCCACUGAGAGGAAUGUUUACAGCAAUGUUGAAAAUGACAAAGCUAGUUUGGAGACAGAAAAAGGCAAAAACGUCCACCCUCGUCCGCCUCUGUCAGGCACACUCGCCUCCGCUCAUGGUUGCCUGAAAGGCAAGAGAGAAGGUCACCGUCAGGAAACGCUACAUCACCUCCUGAGUGUAUUGACUCACCUUCUCCCAGGGCUCAGGUCACUCUCAUCUGGUUCCAGGAUAUAGCAGGUUGAGCCAAUGAAAUUGUCUUUUUUGUAGGUUAAAACGAUAGGUUAACAUGAAUAUUGGCACUCUAGUAUGGUUCAACCUAAUAAGUUGGUAAAUUUUUGCUUUGAUGUAUUCAUAAUACGCUGCAGCUUGAACAGAUCACCAUGGCUCCCAAAGGGCCCUCACCAAAAAUCAGGGAGUAAUUUGUGCUUUGGAGAGUCUGGCUCAAAAAUGCACUGGACCAAGCACCAUGAUCGCUGGGGGCAUGAGAAAAGCACAUGAUGGAUGUGGAUUUGAGAGGUAAUAUUUUCCUGUUAACAAACUGGCAGCAAAGCUUCAGGAAAUAAAGACGUACAUGUAAGCACAACUUGAAGCUGAAUUCAUUUCUGUAUUCUCAUUAUCUCAAGCAACAGAAAAUGUGUUUUCAGAGAUGAGUCCUUUACUAUGAGGUUGAUAUUUAUUUCCCUUUUCUGUAUUAUGUAUAAAAAGUAAGUUAAUCUGAAAGCUUACCCAGCUUGCUGGAAAGCUGGUUUUAAUUUGUAAAUACCCCUAGAGAACCAGAUGGAUUGUGAAUACCACAUUCUUGGCACUCUAGCUUAUGUUAAGGUCAUUACAUUUUGUUUUUUAAUUGAAAAACCCAGUUACCUGGUUAUUACACAUUAUAAAAUUGUUUUUCUAUUACUUUUGUAGGGCCCAAAUUCAGAAAAUAUCUCGCUUUUCUUCUUCCUCUUUCAUUUGUUUAUCAGCAAACAACUUCCCUUGGGAAGCCAAACACAUUUAUUCAUCUGAAAGUCAAGAACCUGAUGCUGCAUUGAGCAAACCAGAAGGCUGAAAAAGCAAUGUCAGUACUAAAGAACUAGAAAAAUCCCAUAAAGUUCUCUAUUCCCCCUGCCCUGAAAUGGAUAAAGGAUAAAUUGAGCAUACAAGCUGUUUACUAUAGAAGGGAAUAGUCAGCAUUAUUUUGUUCAGUGAAAAUGAAAUGCUACCUGUUGCCUGUAUUCUAAGUUACUAUAGACUUAUAAAAUUUACUGCAAGACACCAAGAGGAAUGAUGAGUUUACCUGUACCUACCCACGUCCGUACCUCAUUUCCAGGCAGAAAGCUUUCUGGGACGUCAGGAACUGGUACAGUGCCCAAAGCUUCAGUGACGGUGGUAUGCCAAAGGGUAUGUGUGAACUGCAGGGAAAGUUGCAUGGGCAUAAAAGCUACUCUUAGUGAGAUUUCUCAUUUGACUAUAAGCUGCCAUUAGUUACUGAGCCCUCACCCAGCUCGUGUAUGAUUUAAAUAGGAAGAAAACUGAUUUUCAAGCAAUUUUUAGACACAUCUCUUGCCUAAAGAACUAUGUAUGUCUAAGAAACUGAUGCUGUGUCAUCUUCUGGAGUUAUCACAAAUUGAAUACGGUCAGGGAAACCCAUGUAAAACAAGAAUCAUUUUGUUGUUAAAUACAAAUGACCAGUACUGUUGGAGUUCAUGGGCACCAUGUUUUUUCGUGAAAUGGCAUCAAGCCAUUGUUUUGUGCCAUUUAGGAGAGAAAAAGAAUGCAGGCUGUAUGUUGCAGCUCAAUGUAUGAUCCAAAGCAAUAUGUUUAUAAGAAAAUGUUUGACACACUAGUUGUUUUAUAUCAUUCAAAGCAUACUGUAGCAACUUGUUUAAUAUAUGUGGUUAAUUGUUAGAAUUGU